UGGGUCUGCAGGCAUCAGAGCAUGGCGGGGUCCUUCCAACUCCUGGCCUGCUUGGCGUGUGUGCUCCAGAUGGGAUCACUUGUGAAAAGUACAAGAGACGCUUUGGAGAAUGUGCUCAACACAGAGGCGCACAACGAUCCGGCGCAGCGCUGGUCCAUGCAGGUGCCCGCGGAGGUGAGCGCCGAGGCUGGCAACGCGGCGGUGCUGCCCUGCACCUUCACGCACCCGCACCGCCACUACGACGGGGCGCUGACGGCCAUCUGGCGCUCGGGCGAGCCGUUCGCGGGCCCGCAGGUGUUCCGCUGCACCGCGGCGCCGGGCAGCGAGCUGUGCCAGACGGCGCUGAGCCUGCACGGCCGCUUCCGCCUGCUGGGCAACCCGCGCCGCAACGACCUGUCCCUGCGCGUCGAGCGCCUCGCCCUGGCGGACGGCGGCCGCUACUUCUGCCGCGUGGAGUUCACCGGCAACGCCCACGAUCGCUACGAGAGCCGCCACGGGGUCCGGCUGCGCGUGACUGCUGCGCCGCGGAUCGUCAACAUCUCCGUGCUGCCCGGCCCCGCGCACGCCUUCCGCGCGCUCUGCACCGCCGAGGGGGAGCCCCCGCCCGCCCUCGCCUGGUCGGGCCCCACCCUGGGCAACAGCUCGGCUGCGGGGCAGGGCCAAGGUCACGGCUACCAGGUGACCGCCGAGCUGCCCGCGCUGACCCGCGAUGGCCGCUACACGUGCACGGCAGCCAAUAACCUGGGCCGCGCCGAGGCCAGCGUCUACUUGUUCCGCUUCCACGGUGCUCCCGGAGCCUCGACCCUGGCGCUCCUGCUGGGCGCGCUGGGCCUCAAGGCCUUGCUGCUGCUCGGCAUUCUGGGUGCUCGUGCCACCCGCCGCCGACUAGAUCACCUGGUCGCCCAGGACACCGCUCCGCGGGCUCAGGCUCAGGAGUCCAAUUAUGAAAAUUUGAACCAGGUGCAUCCCCCGGGCCAGCAGCUGCCACGUGUUUGCUGUGAGGAACUCCUUAGGCACCACCAUCCAGUCAUUCACCAUGAAAAAUAAAGGACAGCACCUGUACAGCUCGUAAUUCUCAGGUUCCUUGGCAGCUGUGGGCCAGGCAGCAUCCAAGGGGACCAGGACCCUGCUCACAGAGGUACGGAGCCCCACAGUAUUAUGACAGUGGAGCCAGCAAUCAGGAUGUUUAAGUAUGCCCACACGAGCCUCAGCAUGAAACCUCUGGAAAAACUACCCUUGUUUUUUCUUACUUAGUACUACAUAGUAAACGCAGACAAGAAACUAGCCAUAAGGUCUGGAGGUCCAGGCUCCAGUCUGCUCUGUCAUGGACUUGCAGUGCCCAGUGUGCUCUGUCAUGGGGCUUGCAGUGCCCAGUCUGAUCUGUCAUGGACUUACAGUGUGGACAUUUCCUUCACUUAUCUGUGGCUCAGCUUCUCCCCGAAGGAAUAGAAGAUCUGAAGGGACUGCAUAAACUCCAACUCUAGCUCAAAGGUGGGCCUCUGGACGUGCUGAAUUCUUAGGUAGGUGUGGCACUGCUCAACCUUUUGCAGACCAAACCACUCCAGAGAACCACCUGAGGCUGGGGCUGUGCAAACUGAUCAGAGUUAUAGCAAACCCUGGAAAUGUUAGAGCAAGAAGCGUGGAGCCCUUGCCUCCUGAGAUCACUCACACAGACUGAGCCCUCUGCCCAGCUGUGAUCAUAUCAGAAGGCCCACGCUUCCUUAAUCUGGGGCCCACCGAGAGGAAGAGACUGAAGACCCAUAGUCUCAAAGCAUCUGAAAGCCAUAUGCCAAAAAAAAAGGGCUCUGGGUGCCUGCGGUUAUGGCAGCUGUGGCUCUGACCUCUCUCCGGAGGGCAAACCCUCCUAGGAUGUGAAGGAGGACUCCAGGAGGACUGGCAAUGUCUCCCCACUUGCCCAAGCCCAGCCAGGCUAACUUCAAGAGUGGUGCCUUCCCUGUUUGUACUUGGUGUGCAUUUCUUGGUUCUAUUAAAGGAGAGAGGUGUACUUGGGACCAAGUAAGCCAUGAGACAGGAGGCUAAGGAGACCAUGGCUUUUGGGGGAACAGUUUCUGUAUGUUAGGGGCUUCCCACUGCACUAGAGCUUCAGCCAAGUGUGAUGACAAUUCAUAGUUAUCUCAGGAUCCGUUGAGAGCUGUUAAGAAAGCACAGGGGCUGACAUCUGGACCUGCUGGCAGAUGGGAGCAUUAGAGCAUCUCCGUCAAGGGCCUUGCAUCACCAAAGAAUAAUAUAGGGAUGUGGUGAGGAUGUAGAUUAGAAUGUCAUUGGCCUUAGGAGCUGUCUUCAAAGCCAAGAAAAUUCUAUUAAUUACUGAUUACCUACUGUGUUGUGUUGAGAACUGGUAUUGAGGGUUAUGAAACUGAAGAAGGCAUCGGUAUCAGUCAGGAUGGGCUAGGCUGGACUGCACCAACAAGCCCCAAAGAUCAUAGUGGCCGAAAAUGGUCUUUGCUUUGCACUGUCUCAGUCAGGGUUCUCUAGAGGGACAGAAUUUACAGGAUACAUAUUUGAAGAGGGGGGAGGGGAACGGGGAAAGAGAAAGGAGGAGGCUCCCAGGCUGUGGUCCAGCUAGUCCAACAAUGCCUGCUUAUCAAAGGGAAGUUGACUAAUCCACCAGGUUCAGCCCAUGAGGCAGAUAGUCUUCAGUAUACAUCAGAAUCCGAAGACGUGGGCUCUGCCGCCGUGAAAGAAUGGAUGGACGUGCAAGCAAAAGCAGGCAGGGAAAGAGAGACAGCACCCAUCUUCCAUGUCUUUCUGGAAGCUGCCAGCAGAAGAUGUGGCCCAGGUCAAAGGUAGAACUUUCUGCCUCAAAAGGUCCAGAUUCAAAGCGGGUGGGUCUGCCCACUGCAAAUGAUUUAGUUAAGAAAAUCUCUCUCGGGCUGGAGAGAUGGCUCAGUGGUUAAGAGCACUGACUGUUCUUCUGAAGGUCCUGAGUUCAAAUCCCACCAACCA